AAUUGGGCUGUGAUUAGCACUUGGUGUGACAAAACUUAGAUCAUGUAAACAGGAAGCAGAUAGCACUUGAUUUCUCGCCUUCCUCUUCUUAUGAGGUGAUGAGAACUUCGAGAGUUCGUCUUGUUCUGUGAAGUCUAGAUUAAUUCUGUUGGUCUAAGAAUAACUGUAAUCGAGGGUGGGCCAUUGUAUGUCACUUUUUAAAAAAAUUAAUUGACAUUUGUAGGUCUUUCGUGGAUUUUUGUUUGCCAUGUCAAGUGCAGCCCCAAGACCCGCUCGUCCCCCACCACCAGUUCCUAAACCAGGACAAGUGAAGGUCGUUCGUGCUCUCUACAGAUAUGAUGCUCAGCAGUCGGAUGAGCUCUCUUUUGAUGAAGGAGACCUGCUUUAUAUCUUGGACAUGAAAGAUCCAAACUGGUGGAAGGCAAGGUGUGGGAAAAACUCAGGUCUAAUCCCCAGUAAUUAUGUGGCAGAAAACACAGAGUCUGUUGACAACCCUUUGCAUGAUGCUGCGAAAAGAGGCAACCUUGAUUUUAUGACAGAAUGCCUUCAAAAUAGGGUGUCUGUCAAUGGUCUUGACAAGGCUGGCUCCACACCACUCCACUGGGCCUCACACGGAGGUCACAUAGACUGUCUACAGACUCUGCUGGCAGUCCCCAACUGUGAAGUCAAUGUGCAGAAUAAACUAGGAGACACCCCACUCCACUCUGCAGCAUGGAAGAAUCAUGCUGAGGCUGUUAGAUUACUUCUCGAGAAAGGUGCCAGGGUUGAUAUUCGUAACAACGAGAACCGGCUUCCUGUUGACCUGACCAAAGACCCAGAGGUAGCUGCACAGCUGAGACAAGCAGCUGGGGUGCAAGCAUCGAGGUAUACAGAUGAGUAUGAGGAUGAGGAGGACUCUGAUUGAAAAGGAAUUUAGUCAAGCUCUGAUUAAGAAGCAUUUCAGUCAUAGUGUGUGGAGUGUGUGUUCUUAGAAAGGUGACGUUGUCAUUAUCAUGUUGAUACUAAAAUCAUAUGUUCAAAUUGAUUCAUUAAUGUGUUAUGUGGAAAAACAAGUAAGAAAUGCACAUUCACUAUCGUCUGUUGUCUUCAACCACUUAAAUAAAUUCUUGUUGUUGCACGGUUUCUCUUUCAGAGACGUGUCAGUGCCUAAGUGAUAAUGAUAUUUGUGAUCAACUUUCUUUAUUUCUGCCUGUUUCUCCACAGCAUAGGUCCGUUUAAUAAAUGACUUAAACUAUCAUAUUCUUUUUCUUUUUUUUUUAAGUUUUGUAUUAAAUAGUUGUUUUUUUCUUUUAAAAUGUUUACUAUUAACAGAGAUGUUUAAGUGCCUUCAAGUUUCCAAAAGAUAUGGGUGGGUUAUUCAUGUCUAGGAAGUCUUGUUUUGCAGUCUGUAAGAAUAUCUUGUAUGUAGUUUAACACCUGUUAAUCAUUUGACUUUUUUAAACACAAUUUUCGAUGGAGGGGACUCAAUUUUAUUUCUCUUUGAGUACUUGGAUUUGUUAAAUCUUAAUUCAUGUUGAAAUCCUCUGGUCAGUUUUCCUAAUGGGUAUUAAAAACGUACCAUGCUAGUUUUAUAAAUGUUUAAGUGGACUUUUUAGCUUAAUAAUGUCUCUUUGUAAUUACUGAAUUAGAAUGAUUGUAUUGUUACAACUGUUAAGUCAAAAAUUAUAGUUAUAGUGUAUAUCACUUUAUUUUCUGUAUUUGUUUCGUCAAAUGGUUCAUUUCUAGUUUUAGAGGUAGAAAAGGUAUGAAUUUUCUUUAUUUUGCUCAUUUCUCAGUUUAUGUCAAGUGUUUCUGUUCCACACUUUUUAUUUCCUCUGUUUCAGUAAUUUAAUCAUGCCAAGUGUGUUUAGAAUCCAUGUUUGGUUGGUUGGGUUUUUUUACAUGCAUUGAUCUGCUUAUAUCUUUCAUCUUUUUACUCAUUGUUAAACCUGAUUUGUGUGCUCUCCUCUCCUUGUGCUGUUUUUCAGCUGUGCAUUUUAAGUAUUGUCAGAGUUCAGAGAGCACUGGCGUGUCUUUUCUUUUUUAUUCUUAAGUCAAAUGCUUAUCGUAUCCUCACCAAGUGCCUAUCCUCUCUGUUUUCUAUUUCACUCUAUGGUUCAAUUCUUGCAUACAUUCUGUUUCUGCAUUCAUUGUGGUUUUCCUUUCUUCUAAGUUCAUGAAUGUUUUGCCAUUGGUGGAGAGUGUUGGGAAUGGUGGUGUAGGAGACCACUCACAGAAAAGAGAGAGAAUGAACAAGGUAGAAUUUAAUUUUGCAUGCCACAACAGUCAAAUUAAAAUUGUUCAUGGAAUCAAAACACCUGAAGUCACUGACAAAUCUAUUACUUUUGAGACCCCUCUGGACCAAGCUGUACAAAGGCUUCCCAUGAGCGUUGCCACCUUUUUCUAGUCUUUAUUUGAGUAGAAUGAUAGGAUGAUCAAGAAAAAGAUGGAUCAACGGAGUAAAGGAGACCCUCUAAAGUAACAGCAUGACGAUCCAAACAGCAACACACCUGGUCAAUGUCUGACAAUUGUAUCUGCCCUUGACACCUUGUGGUAUUCUAAAAGAACAGAAAAAAUAAAUAAGUAAA